AAAUAAACAAACAUGGCGAAAAAGCAAGAUUGUAAUUCUUGCUUGACGAUAAGUUUUAUAUCGUAGAGGAAGUUGAAGGAGAGACAUUGGUAGUCAUGUAGAUUAAAAACUCGACAACUGAGUUCCUUGGACUUUUCCAAAGUCCUUCAAAGUCAACAUUCGUGUCUUCAGAGAAGCAAUGGAUGGUAAAACGAUGCAAAGUAGAGUGGGUUAGAGUGAGACAAACUAUUGAAGUCUUCCGAUAUCUGACUUCAUUCUGUUUAAUAUCUAAAAGGGGGCAUGUCACUUAACACUGGAUGAUUUUGUCCCAUAUAUACUUUGCUUUGAAAAUAAUACCUUGCGUCCUAAAUCACCAUUCUAUACCAUCUAUACCAUCCUCAUCAGUAAAUGCAUUUCAAGAAAGCUUUCUUUUUCAUUUCUGCUCAAAUGCUAACAAAAAAAGCAGAAAUUACUUAUAAUGGGCCCAGACUCGAGGAGGUCAGAAAAGACCUAUGUUAUGGCAUAACCCAGCAUUGUAUAACAGAGUCGUUUAAAUAUCCAAAAAUAUUCUUAGAAUUCCUUGCGAAGAUAAACUCCAAUUGGUCGUUUUCAUGCAUCAACCUCUCUUGUAACUGCUGUUAUAAGCUUCCUGAAAGUCAGCAGACUUUUAAUCACACACUAAUAUAUCUUUCCACGACAAAGUCGCUCCUCUUUCCAUUGUCAACUUGUGCUCAAGGUGUGAAAUGCUUCAGGCAUCACAAACUAACUAGCUCCUGCAUAGAUUAAUGGAAUUUUUUAAGCUCAAGAAACAUAUAAAAAUU